AUGGCAAGCCCUUACGACCGGAGCCAGCUCGUCAGCCAAGUCACCGUCAUCCUAGCCUGUGGGUCCGAAUCCAUCAGCAAUUCUGCUCAGCAUGGAAAAGUCAUCAAGCGUGCACAUCCGUGA